GAAGAAUUUAACGGUUCCCGGUUGUUGAACCGCUCCGGUCUCCACGGUGCCCUGCGGCUUAUGAACAGUUUGGGGCUUGGGAUGACGGUCAUUUAGUCGACUAGCAGUUAUAGUUACUUCAUUUAGAUAGGUCACCACCAUGUUUUUACUAAAGGUAGCAAUGUUUUGACAGCUUACCACCCUAGGGAGCAUCACUGCACGCAGAGAGCCGGAGCAAUGGAGGAAGGCUCUGAGCUGAUGGAGGAUAUUGUAUUUCGGGGGGUGGAGUUUUCUGUGAAGAUGGAGGUGGACAAGGGUUUGCUCUUUGUCGAAAUCUCUGAUUCAAUGACAGCGGAUCAGUGGAAGGGGGAGUUUGAUCCAGCAUAUAUUGAAGACCUCACUCGCAAAACUGGCAACUUCAAGCAGUUUCCUAUUUUCUGUAGCAUGCUGGAAUCUGCAGUGAGAAAGACGAGUGACUCUGUUACGCUUGACCUCCUGACCUAUGCUGACCUGGAGCUACUGCGAAACAGAAAAGCAGGGGUGGUCAGUCGUCCUCGCAGCCAUCAGCAGCCAUCUGCUCUCACCGCCAAAAGAUAUCUCAUUCUCAUAUACACAGUGGAGUUUGACAGAAUUCACUACCCUCUACCUCUGCCCUAUGUGGGAAAGCCUGACCCAGCUGUCCUGCAGAAGGAAAUCAGAGCGCUCAGGGCUGAGCUCAGUGCUCUCACCUCUCACGGAGUUAACAAAUCUGCAGAUCUAGAAAUACAGCGGCUACGAGCAGAGCUGGCUCUGGUUAAAGAGGAAAAGGAGAGCAUGGCGAAGGUUCUGGAGCGACUGCAGUUGAGUGGAAGUGAUCCCACGUCUGGACGAGAGGACUGGAGAAUGAGAGAUGUGGUGAGGACGCUGGAGGAGCAACUUGUCAAGGAAAGGGCCAAAAGUCAGCGCUCGAUGAGCAAGAGAUGUCAGGAGCAGCGACUGCUAGGGGAGCAGUUAGAGGAGCUGAGAGCAUCAGAGUGUGCUCUCCGUGUUCGUGUCAAGAGUCUCACCAAUGAACUGGCGUUACUACGGAGAGGCAGAGUGACUCCUGUGUCGGGUCGUAUCAGCUCACGGGUAGAUGGAGAAAUUUAUCGCUCCCUUUCUCGGGAGAGAAGGUCUGGGUACGGGACAAUCAGGGCUCGCUCGGGAUCUAGAGAACGUACAGAGGAUAGAGGACAGAGGUCGGUGGAAAGAGGAAGACGCGCAGACUCCUCGGGACCGCGUGCUCGCAUACCCAGGCCAUCACCUUCCCCCACAGGGUCACGGGUUCCACGCUUUGAUCCAACAGCAUAUAUCCAGGACAGGCAGCGCAGACAGAAGGAGGCAGAAAUCAAAAAGUUGGUUUCCUCACUUUGUAAGUAUACGCCAGUAUUCCAUGUAGUAGCUGCUCAAGCAUGUUUUUUCUGUGUCAGACAGAGGAAGGUGCGAAGGGACAUGCUGGCAUCACCCGUGCUCCCCGAGAGAGGCCGUUCACGUUCCAGAGAAACUUAUCCUCAGCUGACCCGGUCAGGCAGCAGAGGCAGGAGUUUAUCUAUGGAGCGGCGAGGGAGCAGGAACUCCUCUGAAAGCUCGUUAGUGGAUAUGGAUGAAAUGACCAAAACUCUGUACAGAGGAAGAAAACAGACUUACAAUGGACCCAAUGUGUCUAGGGGAGGCCUUCUGUCCAGGAAGCAGUUAUGCAGCACACCAACACUCAGAGUCAAAGACAAAGAAAGCUCUGCAGAUACAGGUGCAGAGCUAUCAGAGAUUGAUGCAAGACUGCAGGCACUGCAGGAGUACAUGAGAGACUUGGAUACAGGACAUUGACCUGCUGCACAGGAUUGUCUGAUUUCGUCAUCUGCAUAAAACUGAGGAAGAAAUCCUGAUUUGGAUCAUUUUUAGUAUGCACUAACAUCAGAGACUAAAACUCCCUCUGGAAGCUCAGACUUCUGGAAACUACAGCCAUGAAGGUCAUUGGACUACUUUUUGUGGACUAAUUUCUUUUUUUAUGUUUUUAUAAAUUAACUUAAAAUAUGAUUGUGUCUGUGUGUUGCCAGCUUUUCUUCCCUUUUUUAAGCCCAAACAAACUGAUACAUGUGUGUAAAAUUUGGCAUUGCCUGGUAAAUGUUGAUCUUUCAAAGGCUUGUUUAAUAGUGUGGGCAGAGUUGAGUCCUUUUAUAUUCAGUCCAUGAUGCAGAAAGGCAUUUCAUCACUGGGUUUGCAGGUAGAUCAUUUGUUUAUCUAUCAGCACGCCUACAUCCAUGUCUGAUCCUUGCUUUCAUCAUCAGUUUAAAAUGCGGAACAUUUUUUUUACGAUUUCUCCGUUAAUGAGUUGGUGUUAAAAAAGUGAUCCAUACAUCUUUUGAUACAUUACAGAAAUGUCCAUGAGUAUGAUGGAGUAUACCAAAAUGUUAUAGUACAUUUAAACAUGUAAUGUGCUGUUGUUUCUACCACCCAGUGCUUGCUGGGAUGCCUUACAGCUCCUGUGCUCUGAAUCAGUGGAUGACAUAAGUGAUACAUGGUGGUCAGUUGUUUUCCACCUUUUUGUUUUAUUAUUAUUAUUUUACCUUGUCUUCCCACUUUGAAGUAAGGAUUAUCAGUGCAUCUCAAGUAUUUUGUUACCACUAUACAGUCUCUAAUUGUUCCACACAGUGCAGUGCAAUACAAUACAGCCUUUUCUGCCCUUUAAAUUCAGCAUUAUUUUGAUGGUAUCACAAACUGAUCCCAAACUUGUUAGACAUUUCUAUAAGGGAACAAUAUUUACCAUAAAAACAAUGUUUUAAUAGGCUAUGCUGAUGGUGCAUGUAAAAUGUGUAAAAACUUGGCACAUUUUUCAUAACAAAUUGCCAAAUAUUUUCUGAAACUGUUGUCUGCAGACUGUUACUAGAACUUUAUCCAUUGUUUUUAUACCACCUAAAAUAUAAUUUAUAAGAAAGA